AGUGACCACGUUAUUUAUUUAACAGCUCCUGCUUUCUGACUUCACCUUUCCACACUUCCAUUUUCUGGUCCACGAUUCUUCGCCCACAAAAGUCUUCGCCUGGAGCUCGCCCUCCUCUGCUUUUAACCCAGUCCCGGAAAUGGAAUUAGCGUUUAGCUGCUCGUCUCUCUCAGGUAAACAGAGUCUCUAACCCAACUCGCAUCUAUUUGCUCUUAAUUUCACCUAGAGUCGAAUUGGGUUUCCUUCGAUUUUGUGAAUUUCAUAACCAUGGAUCCACGUUUCUCUAAAUUUCCCAAUUUCAAUGAUCAAACCCUUUUGCCCGAUAUGUUGAAUGAGUACCCAAGUAGUGACCCUUUUGAAGAUCUCAGCUUUUCGGACCCAAACCGCAGUAACUCUUCUCUGUCGUCGAGCUUUAGCGCUGAGGGAGAUGAUUGUGAGUUUUCUGAUUGUGUGCUCAAGUACAUAAACCAGGUGCUUAUGGAGGAGGACAUGGAGUCAAAGCCAUGUAUGUUCCAUGACCCUUUGGCUCUUCAAGCCACUGAGGAGUCUCUUUAUGAGGUUAUUGGGGGAGGCAAGUACCCAAUUUCCCAAGACCAAAACCCUCUUUGUGUUGAUCAAAAUGUUGAGAGCCCAGAUGGUGGUUAUUCUUCUGGAAGUUUCAGUGAUUCCAGCUCUAGUCCUGGUCCUUCCGUUAACUCUUGCCCAGUCACUGCCCAGUUUGUAGAGACUAGCAGCUCUAUAUUGGAAAUCCCUAUUCCUGAAAACUUUGUUUUCCAGUCCCCUUCCAGGGCUGGGUCUCAAUUGUCGUCGAAGGAAUUGUUAGUGCAGUUUAACCUAGGGGCAGAGGAGGGAAGGAAGUUUCUUCCUAGAGGUCAAUUGAUUAGUGUGGAGGGCAACAAGAUGUAUGCUGUGGUGAAUAAAAAGGCUGGAGAUGCGGUAGUAACAACGCAGAAGAAUGGGAGUGAGCAAUUUCAUGUUGGUUCAAGAGGAAAAAAGAAUCAUCAAAGGGAAGAUAUAGAUUUGGAGGAUGGGAGGAGUAACAAGCAACCAGCAGUUUAUAUGGACGAUGAGGAGGGAGAGCUGUCUGAUAUUUUUGACAAGGUGUUGCUCUGUAAGCCUUUGGAGGGUAAAGACGAUGAAGCCAGUCAGAAUGGGGCAAACAAUGGCCUGCAGCAGGAUGUGCAAUCUGUUGGAAUUGGUAAUGGGAAGGGUCGCGGCAAGAUUCACGGCAACAAGAAGGAAGUGAUAGAUUUGAGGGCUCUUCUGAUUUUAUGUGCACAAGCUGUUUCUGUUGAUGAUCGCGAGACUGCUAGUGAGCUACUAAAGCAGAUUAUGCAGCACUCUUCCCCAUUUGGUGAUUGUGCUCAGAGGUUGGCUCAUUGCUUUGCAAAUGCUCUUGGAGCGAGGUUGGCUGGCACUGGAACUCAAAUAUAUACUGCUUUAUCUACUAAACGAAUGUCAGCUGCUGAUAUGCUGAAGUAUUACCAAGCUUAUAUGACAGCCUGCCCGUUGAAUAAGAUGUCCUUGAUCUUUGCAAACGAUAUGAUUUUAAAAGCUGCUGAGAAAGCAGAAACACUACAUAUAAUAGAUUUUGGUAUCCUUUAUGGUUUUCAAUGGCCUGCUCUCAUUCAUUGCCUCUCAAGAAGACCUGGUGGACCUCCCAAAUUACGUAUUACAGGGGUAGAGCUUCCCUUAAGUGGUUUUCGACCAAAAGAAAGAGUCCAAGAGACGGGGCAUCGCUUGGCAAAGUAUUGUAGGCGAUUUAAUGUUCCUUUUGAGUACUAUGCCAUAGCCAAAAAAUGGGAUACUGUCCAAUUUGAUGACCUCAAAGUUCAAAGAAAUGAGGUGCUUGCUGUUAAUUGUGUCUGCCGGUUUAAGAACCUCCUUGAUGAGACAGUUGUGGUAAACAAUCCAAGGGAUACUGUUCUAAAAUUAAUUAGGAAGUUGAAUCCUGAUAUCUUUGUCCACAGUGUUGUUAAUGGAUCCUAUCAUGCACCCUUCUUUGUUGCACGCUUCCGAGAGGCACUAUUCCACUUCUCUGCAUUUUUUGAUAUGUUUGAUAACAAUUUGCCUCGUGAAGAUCAGAUGAGAUUGGGGUUUGAGAAAGAGUUUAUUGGGCGUGAAGUUCUGAAUAUAGUAGCUUGUGAGGGCUCAGAAAGAAUUGUGAGGCCAGAAACAUAUAAGCAGUGGCAGGUUCGGAACAUGAGGGCUGGGUUCAGACAGCUGCCAUUGGACCGUGAAGUCAUGAACAAAAUAAAGGAUAAAGUAAAAAUGGGGUACAGCCCUGAUUUUGUGGUUGAUGAAGAUGGCCGCUGGAUGCUGCUGGGAUGGAAGGGCAGAAUUAUGUUUGGUUCUGCCUGUUGGGCACCGUCUAGGACUUGAAAUGCAUGAUUGGUAUAAUUGACUCGCACAAUUUUGGCAAAUACAGCUUCUUUCCAACAUUAAAGUUAAAGAGCUUAGUGUACAAGAACUUUACUUCAAUUGUGGAAACAAUGCAGGCGAGCUUUAGCAGUUGUUACUUGUCUAUCACUGCCUCCAUGUUUGGGGACUUGAAAGAGCAGCAACUGUUGUAGUUGAGUGUGCGUGAUUCUUCUUUUCCUUUUUUUGGCCAAUUGUUGUAGUUGUGUUUGGAUAUGGUUGUAUAUUAGUUAACACCAUCCCACUGUAGGUUGCUGUAUUGUGUUGCUGAUUUGUCAAAGUUCUAGUCUGGGGACCGGAUCCUGUAAAUGUUUUAGAUCAGGUGCCUUUUAUGCAGCUUCUAUAUGCAGUGAAAGCUGGUCCAAUAGGCUACCGCCUUAAAGUUCUUCCCCUAUAAUUUCAAACCGCUGUAUAUCUUUUGUUUUUGAGAAAAUUGGUUUUCUGAUUAUGAAGUACUAGUUUACUGUUGAAUCUUU